GCGACAACGCACCGCGCAUCUCCUGGAUCAAGGUUUCACGUCCUCCGCGACUGAAACAGAAAGUGACCAGGACAGUCAGCCGUGGGAAUUCGCAUCGCGGGGCUAAUAAUAGCCGACUAGACCGCUUGCAGCGCCUGCUCGUGGUGAGGUGGGCUGUGUCUGUGACUGACGACAACACUGCGCCUCCUUCACACUCACCAGCCCCAGCUGUCAAGCCAGUCGAGAAAGCAUACUGCGUGUUCCUGGCGCCGGUCGGCCAUUCAGCGUUCGUGCCUGUCUCUUGGAGCCUCCCAUCUCUCCACGCGGGCCCAAGCGCGGCCUCCAGGGCUCCCUCCUCCACACUCGACCUAUUGUUAGGACCACGCGAAGAGCUACAUCAUGGACGCCCACCAGCGCGGCCGCUCCCCCUCAGCCGGCCACCAUGCGCAUAAAGGCCACUCGCCCUCGCCCAGCCCCCAGGCCCAUUUCCAGCACCAGCACAGCGCCGCCUUGGGCUUCGACGCCGCCCAGGACCCUUCUUCGUACGCCGUCACCAGCGCGGGGUUGAACAGCUCCCCCUUCCUCACCACCACCCAGGGCCAGCCCUUUGCCCAGCCGCUCUCCUUCUCCGACCACGGCUUCCUGCACGCCUCGCAGACCAUCUCGCAGCACAACACGCCGCAAUUUGGCCCCCAAGGCACCAACGGCCUCCCGCCCGACGCACUCGACCUCACCAACACGGCCAACCCCGACUUCAACAGCUUCUUCCAGCCCAACGACCCCUACCUGGGCCAGACGCUGGAUCCCCAUAUACUCGACACGCAAUCGCAGAGCCAGUCGGUCAACCCGUCUGAUCUCAUGCAGCAAAUGGCCGCUACACCGCACAAUGCGCCGACGCCCCCUCAUCUCCUGCCCGGUAUGAACAGCCACCACCAAACCCCGAGCCCGCAUGCCUCGCCCAGCAUGGCCGCGGGGCAGUACCGCAAGCCAGGACACUCGCGAAACGCGUCGCUGGACCCAAGCGCGGCCUACGGACAGACGUCCGAGUGGGGGCAGAUGGCAGGUGCCAGCUUUGGCGGCCCCAGGUCGAGGGGAGGCAGUGACGCCGGCUAUUCAGACGUCGCGUCUUCGGCGCACAACUCGCCCUACCUGCACCAGCACGACAGCUUCGACAAUGACCAGCCCUCGCCGCUUCUGCACGCGCAGCACGACCCGCAGCUGUUCCAGGACCCCGUUCCUGGCUUUGACCGGUUCAACCUGAACAACAGCAAUGCGCACCUGAGUGCAGCAAACAGCCCGCACAUCUCGCCCCGUCUGCUGCCGCAGAACCAGCAGGCCCUUCCGCAGUUCCAGCCCGAGACGUUUGGCCUUAGCCAGAGCAUGAACCCGUAUGCGCCUCAGGGUGUGAAUGGCUUUUCCGGCCAGAACUCGGAGCCGUUCCCAUCCCUGAACCAGCCCAUGCCAGAGUUUGGGCACCCGGAUGCCAUGUCGCCUCCGGAAAUCAACAUUGAUUUCGCACCGCCCUCGCGACAGGCAAGCUUUGAGCCGCCCAAGCCUGAGCAUCAACUCGACGCACUCAGUCCGCCAGACCGAUCCCGCAGUCGCAACAGGACUCGAGCAAAGUCUGAUCCUUUUAGCAGUGUCAGCUCACGCACCUCGACCCCCGGAUCGGAUGUGCAUCGAUCACUGUCGCCCAAUGCCGCAAAGUCCCGAUCUCCUUCGCCCUCUGGCAAGUCGUCUCGCCGCUCGUCGACGUCAAGCGUGCCCAAUCGCGACUACAUCCUGGAUCUGGCCGACCCCACGAGGCCCGCACCUGCCGACGGCUCGAAUCCGAAGCGCACGCAGAAGCACCCCGCCACGUUUCAGUGCACGCUGUGUCCGAAGCGCUUUACUCGAGCAUACAACCUCCGGUCGCAUCUGCGCACGCACACGGACGAGCGUCCCUUUGUCUGCAGUGUUUGCGGCAAAGCCUUUGCCCGUCAGCACGACCGCAAGCGACACGAGGGGCUGCACUCUGGCGAGAAAAAGUUUGUGUGUCGCGGCAAUCUCAAGGAUGGCAGCAGCUGGGGUUGUGGGAGGCGCUUUGCCCGCGCUGACGCUCUGGGCCGCCACUUCCGAUCUGAAGCUGGCCGUGUAUGCAUUCGGCCCUUGUUGGAGGAGGAGGCACGCGAAAAGGGCGAAUGGAAUGGGCAGAACCAGCAGAUGAACAAUGGCAAUGGCAUGUUUGCACCGAUGCACACGCAAAACUUUGGCAACAUGGUACCUGGCCAGCCGGGCUUUGACCCGUUUGCUCAGGCGGGCGGCAUGCAGGCACCGCAGCAAUUCUUGCCGGCAGCUCUCCUGGCCCAAUACCCCGCGCUUGCAGGUAUCCAGUGGGACCAGCUUCCUGCAGGGCCACCUGACGAGGAUGGCGAUAUUAGUGGACGGAGCAGUUUUGAUGCUUCCAGUGGAGGCGAGUUUUACGAGGAGGAAAACGAGUUCCAGCAAGGCAACCAGCAGGCCAUGUAUGCCGGCGGCAACAACAAUGGAUGGGUCAGCGACUCGUAUGACGGGCGAUGAUGAUGUGUAUGUAUGGUUGUCCGACAUGUUUCACUUUUCGUCUUUUCGGGGGGUUUGGCAUUUGUCGGGAGCGGGGGACAAGAUUUCGACGACUUUGUCACGCGUCCAUGACCUGAUUUUUUUUUUCUUUCUGCUUUUCACGCUGUAGCAGCUGCUUUGGUUGGAGCUGUUCACUUUCUGUCGCUUUCCCCCCCACGUUUUCCUCUGAUAUACCACGUUUCAUUUGCUUGAUUGCCCGCCAAAGCAAAAACAAAGGGUCUGUCUCUCUCCAAUUUUAUACCCCCGUGGGAACUUUUUUGAUGGGUUUUGAGGACUUUGUUUAGGGAGUUUUAUUUUUUUUCAAAGUCUUUAAGUUUUGUUUUCCAUUUUUUUUUAUUUAUAACGGGCCAAGCAAAGGUGAUGUAUGGAAUGGAAUGGAAUGGAAUGGCGUUGAUUUGGCGAUGUAGAUGGAUUAGCAGAUACCAUACAUAACUAUACAUAAC